AUGGCGGACAAUUCUGCCGCAGAGAAAGCAGCCCUGCAAGCUGUUAGGCCCCAGGGGACACAGCUGCUUUGCUUUUUUCAUGUUGCACAAGCAGAGUGGAGGUGGCUCACGGCAGCUCGCAACAACAUCGGAAAAGAGCAGAGAAGAAGUCUCAUGUCAGCAUUCCGGCACAUCAUGUAUGCUGACAGCACUGAAAAGCUGGAGAGUGCUAUCAAAAACUUCCGAGAGAGUUCCCACACAUCGUAUCUAUCACGUGUGGAAGCCUUUUUGGACCGGAAAGAAGAGUGGGUGCUGUUGUUUCGUAGCAAGCUCACAACACGUUGCCACAACACCAAUAAUUUUGCAGAGGCUUCCAUUCGGAUUUUGAAAGAUAUUGUUCUUUCAAGAACAAAAGCAUUUAAUGCUGUGGCUCUAGUGGAAUCAAUAUCAGAAGUAUGGGAGCUCUACUUCAAGAGCAGAAUUUUAAAGCACGCGCACAACCGUGUCCCCACACACCAGCUGCUCUACGACAGCCUUCUGAAGAAAACACCAGAAGGAGCUCAGGCAUCAGUCGUCUCACUUGGGGACAACUGCUUUUUGGUGCCAAGCUUCCAAAAGAAUGGCGAAAUUUAUGUGUGCGGAGAUAUAGGCACGUGUACAUGCCGAGCUGGUUGCACAGGUGCCUUCUGCAAGCACCAGGCGCUUGCACACAAACAUUUUGGGGGUAUUUUUCCGAACUGCCCAGCACUGACAAUAACUGACCGCCAUGAACUGGGAAGACUGGCCCUCGGAGAUUUGUGCCCAGGCAUAGAGUUUUUUUUUUCAAACUUCUGUGACACCAACGAAGUGCAAAGAAACCAUCCGACGACUUCCGAAUGUGUCCUCAAAGACCCUGACCACCACCCCCGUUGCCCCAUCGACCCUAACAAGACCAACCUCGAAGGACUCGCUCCUGCUCUCAGUCAACGCAUCAAUCCAAAUAUGGACCUACGUCUGAUACUACACCAAAAACUAGUCAUCAUUCUCAAUCAAGAUCGAGAUCAGCUGUGA